UUUCCGCUUUAAGUCACGUUGGGGAGAGAGAAAAAAUAAUGGAACUUCGCGCGUGCGCCAAAGGCCCAUAUAGAGGCGGCGCCUCGUAAGAGGAACGAGCAUCUGGCGCAGGCGCAGUAAAAGCUGGCUGGGACGGAGGAGGAAGUGAGUGAGGCUGCGAAGAGCUGGGCAGUUGGUUUUCGAAAGGUGGCUGCUAGGAAGAAGGGGCCGCCUACGGCCUUCUCCCGCUUCGGCAGCGGCCCGUGGUGCGUUUAAGACAAGGGCUCUUUUUCAGGGUGUGGUUGACUGCUUGUUUAUUGGGAAUUUGGUUUUCCCUGCCUAUAGCCAACCAUGAGCCCAGCUGAUACCAAGCGCUGUGGGACCAAGCGUCGGAAAAAUAAAAAAGGAGGCCUUGUCCCAUCAAGCCUAGCUGGAGUCUUUGAGGUCAAAUCUGUAGGACCAUCUUCCAAUAUUGCUCCCUCCUGCUCCUCUUUCUCCUGCUCAACACCAUCUACUUCUACCAUAGCCUUCUUGCAGCCUCCCAGUACCAACAUAGCUUCUUCUAGCACUGAAAAUGGUCUUGUGCCAGUAGUUGCCACAGCUCCCAACUCGAUUCCUAGUGAAAGAAUGAAGAAGGCCGAGUUACAGAAAAAGCGCUGUGGAGGAACAAUUAAUUCUAGACAAACUUGUAAAAGAAGGGCAGUUAGUAACACAGGUUCUGAAACAGCUUCCCAAGAACCAAUUGAUGUUGAAGUUAACACUUGUGAAGAAGUAGUUGACCUAACUUGUGAAUCUUCAGAACCAAUAGUAGUUGAUUUGACACACAAUGAUUCAGUUGUGAUUGUUGAAGAAAAUGUUUGUCAACCACAAAAUCAAGAAUUUAGAAAUCAACUCCCUGACAGCUGUAUAUUAAGUAGUGAUGACGAUGAACCAAGAGAUGAAGUGAUUUUAACUAGCACACUAAGUAAAGAAUUGGAAUUGUUAGAAGAUGAUGUUCCAAGUUCCCACCGUUCAGGUACUGUGAGUUGCCCAAUUUGCAUGGAUGGCUAUUCAGAGAUUAUUCAGAAUGGACGGCUCAUUGUAUCAACAAAAUGUGGCCAUGUCUUCUGUAGCCAGUGUCUCCGUGAUUCUCUAAGAAAUUCUAAUUCUUGCCCAACUUGUAGGAAGAAACUUGGCUACAAACAGUAUCAUCCAAUUUAUAUAUGAAACUUAGAACCUUCUACAAAGAAUCUAAACUGUACUCUUCUGAAUGCUACAUAUACGUAUAUUUUCAGCAACAAUAGAAUAUUAUAAUUUCUCAGAUGCAACAGUUAACGUGCAGGCCAUUAUGGAGUUUUAUUAGUAUAUAAGGUUUUUUUUAAAAAAAAUGGUUAAUCAUAUGAAGUUGGCUUUACAGUCCACCAAAGUAUGUAGAUGUUUGAAGGACAGUUAGCUACAAUGAAAGCAAAAUGGUAUUGCCAUGCUGUUUUUGAAAAAUGACAGAUCUUAAAGAUAACAAUUUUUUUUUACUUCAGAUGACAGGAUGAAAAUCUGUUUUAAUUUGCCCAAGAUGCAAGUCAUGCUUAUGAUAAUGUGAGUAGUAGCAGCCUACAUUUUUCUUUUUGCAUUUCAUUCUCAAAAAAAUUGAAUCCACGUUUGUUUCCUGAUGAUAUUCUACCUUUUGCGUGAACUUCUGCAUUUCCAAGAAGACUGUCUAUUGUAGUCAAGGUGCACCACAUUUCUAACAUUAAAAGUUUAAAUCUUUUAUUUGGAGGCUUUUUGGAAGACAGUAGUAGGACCAUAAUUAGAAAAUGUUUGACUCUAAAGUAUAAUCAUAAAGAAAUACUUUCUACACGCACCUAACUUAAGAGAAGAAUAAAUUGAAACCUACUUCAUCACCAUCUCACAGAACAAGGCAAAGUGAAAUGUGAAUUCUGGCGUCAAGCUUAUAGUUCAGAUAUUUGACACAGUGAAGAUAAUGAAUGCUGUCUUUCAGUAAAUGCAUUUUCAUACUGGUGUAUUGAAGUCCUAAUGGUUCUUUCAAUUCUCUUCAUAUAGUCAUAAAGUGCAGACUGAACAUUUUUAAUCUCUAUACUAUCAUUAUUGAUCUAAACAGGUGCAUUUGGGAAAUAUUAAGAAAGCCCUUAUUAGUCUGGUUGCCAUUAACAAAUAAUUAGAAUGAUAUAGCAUGAAAAAUACAACAGUCAGUUUGUUAUUAAGAAUUUUAGUUUGGAGCGUCAUAUUUUUGCUAUAUGCUACAUGGAUGAAAAUAGUAGAACUUGUAGUUUCUGCAUAGGCAGAAGGAAAUGAGCCAUGCAGUUUGGAUAGACAAUUUAUGUUCUAUUAUAUUAAUGAUAUUUGCUUAUUGUAUAAUCAUGAAGGGUUUGUUAGCAGCCACCUUCUAAAUGAAAGUUAUCUUUACAAAUUAUCACGAAUACACAACAUAGAAACAAUCUCUACAGUAUUAGGAAUUUCAAAAGACAACUGAAUAUUUUUCCAUUUUUAAAUGUUAAAAAUGAUAUGGAUUCCCCUAUCCGUUUAUAUUAGGGCAGUAAAAAUUAGAGAUGUGUAUAAAUCAGAAAUAAUAUUUUGUUUCCAUUUCAUUUUGUAGGUUCUGCAAAUAUUCUUUGGUCCUUCACAAUUCAGCUUUAGCUUUAUUUAUUCUAGGUUUUGGAUGAAAUUUGAAUAGGGUAAGAUUAGUACAUAUCACCCCUUUGUCCAUUUCUACACUGCAGCUUCUAGUAAAGAAUAAAUAAGAGUCUUUUCUCCCCUGUAUUCCCCCCCCCCCUCAGCAGCUUUACUGAUAUUCUAGAAUAGCAUGUCCUUUUUGCCCCUGACUUUACCAGAUCUUCCUCCUUCCUUUCAGCCACCACUGCUGAUGUUCCAGCAAGCAUUGCCCACCUGGGCCCUAAACUUCCCAGCACCUUCUCUCACUAUUUUCUCUCAGCUGCUGAUAUUCACUCCUGAAAUCACUUCUACUCGAAACAGAGUAGUCCUAUUUCUUUGGUAUACAUCUAAAAUGUGUGUCUCAGUUCAGACCUGGACCAAUUAUUUCAGAAUGAUUUACAUAAAAUGUGAAACCUUAUUUGUAAUUUCCUUUGGGAGUUAAGAGGCCUGCUUAUCCAUGAAUUCCCAGAUGCUUGGAGGUUGCUAUAUAAUCAACUGAAUUCAUAUAAUUGGUUCAUUUAGAUGCAAUAAGAGCAUUUACUGAAAUCAUUCUCUUAAUACAAGUUUAGAAAGCAACAUAGUUUUAUAUUACUCAGUUUUACUUGUUAAAAAUUUCACUAUCUAGGAGCACUUUUUGUUUCCUAUAUUUCAGCUCACAUAUUUGUGAAUUAACUCUGGAUGAUUGGGGUAACCCAUGCCAAUUAAAAAUCUAGACCCUUUAAGAAAGUAAGGUUGAAUUCUACUGAGCAGACUCCUUUUGAUAAAAUAUGUUACAAUCAGAAUUCAAAUCAAUUAAUCUAGUUGUCUAAUAAAAAAGCUACACAAUUGUUAAUUGUUGUUCUAUUAUAAUUUGUCAUUAAUUCAAGUCUGCUUGGUCUAGAGUGAUUUUUUUAUUGCUAGCUUUUGAAAGUUCUAGUUAGCAAACAGAUCAUCUGUAGCAUUAGAUGUUAAAUAGGUUUGAACUGUAAUGUAAUGUUAGACCAUUGUUCAGUAGUCAUACAUGAACCUCAAGAGGAUGUGUUAUUUCUUUCACAAUUGAAAUCUACAUUGAAAGCUUUUGGUUCUAUUCCAAAAUCAAUCUUUUUGCUAGGGAAUGGAAGCACAAUAAAAUUGAUUAAACAUAAUUAACACUGUAGUCUAUAAUUUUAGCAUUUUCAAAAUAAAAUCUAAACAUUCUGAAUUUGUUUUCAAGGUGAUAUUUAUUUAUACAAACAUGCAUAAUUUUUUUAAAAAUGGCAAAUAUCUGUAUUCUCUUCCAUCCCUAAAUAUGUAGAAUCCAUGCUUUUUUAUUUAUAUGUAUCUAUAUCAUGUUUGUGUUGGCAUAUUGGACAAAUUUUAUUACAGAUAAAAGCUUUUUACAUA